AUGUUCCGGAACGCCCUCCGACAGAGCACCCGCGCCGUCGGCGCCCUCUCUGCCUCGAGCAGAGUGGCUGCACGAAAUGCCGCACCCACCGUCUCUGCCUUCCAGGCCCGCACAUACGCCGAAGCGAAGGCCUCCCCGACCGAGGUGUCGUCCAUCCUCGAGCAGAGGAUCCGCGGUGUCCAGGAGGAGUCCGGUCUCGCCGAGACUGGUCGCGUCCUGUCCGUCGGUGAUGGUAUCGCCCGUGUGCACGGCAUGGCCAACGUCCAGGCUGAGGAGCUUGUCGAGUUCGCCUCUGGCGUCAAGGGCAUGUGCAUGAACCUCGAGGCCGGCCAAGUCGGUGUCGUGCUUUUCGGUUCUGAUCGUCUCGUCAAGGAAGGCGAGACCGUCAAGCGUACCGGUCAGAUUGUCGACGUUCCCGUCGGCGCUGAGCUGCUCGGCCGUGUCGUCGAUGCUCUCGGCAACCCCAUCGACGGCAAGGGUCCCAUCAACACCAAGGAGAGGCGUCGUGCCCAGCUCAAGGCCCCCGGCAUUCUUCCCCGGAAGUCCGUCAACCAGCCCGUGCAGACCGGUCUCAAGUCCGUCGACGCCAUGGUUCCCAUCGGCCGUGGUCAGCGUGAGUUGAUCAUUGGUGACCGUCAGACCGGCAAGACCGCCGUCGCUCUCGACACCAUCCUCAACCAGAAGCGCUGGAACAACGGCAGCGACGAGACCAAGAAGCUCUACUGUGUCUACGUCGCCGUCGGCCAGAAGCGUUCGACCGUUGCUCAGCUCGUCAAGACCCUGGAGGAGAACGAUGCGAUGAAGUACUCCGUCGUUGUCGCCGCUACUGCCUCUGAGGCCGCGCCUCUCCAGUACCUGGCUCCUUUCACCGGUGCCUCGGUCAGUGAAUGGUUCCGUGACACUGGAAAGCACUCUCUGGUCAUCUACGACGAUCUUUCGAAGCAGGCCGUCGCGUACCGUCAAAUGUCCCUGCUUCUGCGUCGUCCCCCCGGACGUGAGGCUUACCCCGGUGACGUCUUCUACCUCCACUCGCGUCUGCUGGAGCGUGCGGCCAAGAUGAACGACAAGCUCGGCGGUGGUUCCAUGACCGCUCUGCCCAUCAUCGAGACCCAGGGUGGUGAUGUGUCCGCCUACAUUCCCACCAACGUCAUUUCCAUUACCGACGGCCAGAUCUUCUUGGAGGCUGAGCUCUUCUACAAGGGUGUGCGCCCGGCUAUCAACGUCGGUCUGUCCGUGUCUCGUGUCGGUUCCGCUGCGCAGCUCAAGGCCAUGAAGCAAGUCGCUGGUUCGCUCAAGCUCUUCUUGGCCCAGUACCGUGAGGUCGCUGCCUUCGCCCAGUUCGGUUCCGACCUUGAUGCUGCUACCAAGCAGACCCUCGCCCGUGGUGAGCGGUUGACCGAGCUCCUGAAGCAGAAGCAGUACGCCCCCUACGCCGUCAACGAGAUGGUUCCCAUCAUCUACGCCGGUGUCAACGGUUACCUCGACUCUGUCCCCGUCGACAAGAUCCUCCAGUGGGAGUCUGACUUCCUUGCCCACCUCAAGACCAACGAGGCCGAUGUCCUCGCUACCAUUGACAAGGAGGGCGCCAUCAGCAAGGAGCUCGAGGCCAAGCUCAAGGAGAUCGUUCCCAACUUCAUCAAGAGCUUCUUGGGUUAA